AUGUCACGGCCCAGGCUCCCUUCGGCCCUGGCAUGGCUACAGCUCACCGUCCGGGUUCUCGCCCUCCUCACUUCUAUAGGCUGUCUCAUCACAACCAUCUACAUAUCACUCAAUUUCCACAAAACCAACCCAAUGACCUACGUAGCCCUGCUCUGGGCCAUUCUCCUCGACAAUCUCGAAAUUCUGGCUCUAUGCAGUAAUCCUGGAGAUAUGAUCAAGCGAAUACACCUGUGUCCUCUUAUCACCCUCGAAGUGCUUGGCCUGUUUUUCUUCCUUAUUAGCUUCUUCGUUACUUUUAUUGCGGAGUGGCAUCCGAGGAGGGAAGGGAGUGGGUGGAAUAAGGGUGAACAGCGACCUGGGGAUGAGUAUAAGCUAGCACAAGAGUUGCUGGUGUUUUCUGUUAUGGGCCUGCAUGUCGUUAUUAUCAUCAUCUGUUGUAUUGACGGGUGCACGCAGCGGAGGAGGCCUAUGUACGUUCCUAUUUCGAAUAUUGAUGAAACCAAUGCCAAGCUCACACGUCUUUUAGAAGAGAGCGAGCUAUCAGACAUAAUUCCCGGAACCGUAGCAGGCUAUCUCAGGAUGAGUGCUGGAGCUCUCAACGUAGCGGCAGAACACCAGGCAUCAACAUCUGGGUGUGGCAGACCAGACACGCAGAGCCGAAUGGUUCGGCCAGAUAUUUGCGACGUGCAAGAAGUGCGGACGGUAUCUUCUCCUUUCCCUCGCUUUGAUGGUGAGGAGUAG